AUGGCAUCUAGGCGAGUCACAAGGGAAACUUUUGAUGCUGUAAUACAAGAAAAGGUUAAGAGAUAUCACAUGGACCACAGUGAUGCUAUUGAAGACACUCUUCAUCAGUUUAAGUCCCAAGGUCAUUCAAGGUCAAUCCCAAGAUCAAGAGCAGACAGAUAUGAUGACAAUUUUCAUGAUGAUGGAAGAUACACUCAUGAUCCAGUACACCAUCCUCGUGAUACUUGGCGAGAAGACCUAAGGGAUGAUGUAUUUCCUGGACCUUCCUUUAGAUCCAACAGUCCUCCCAUAAGUGAAGAAAACUACUAUCAAGAAGAUUUUGGACGAGAUCGAGAAUUUUCUCGUGCCGACUCUCGGGACAGGGACUUCAGCCGGGUUAGCUCCAGAGAGCGGGACUUUGGCCACCGGGACUUUAGUCAUUUUGGUUCUCAGGAUCAGGAGUUUAGUCACACUGAAUCUUGGGAUCAUGACUUUGGCCACCCAAGUUCACAUGAACCUUCUUGGUCUCAUGAGAGUGACUUUGGUCCUGAGAUACUGGGUGAUUUUAGAUCACCUGGUCUUAUGGAUGAAGAAUAUGUGGACAUGGAUAGUCAGGAGUAUGACUUGGACUUUCCAGGAGAGGCAGAUUAUGAAUUCCAGCAGCCAGUACAUAGGGGCAGGGGAAGAGUGCGGAGUAGGGGCCGAGGCCGGGGAGGUAUUGACCGGGGUGGAAUUCUUCAGAGUAAGAGGGCAACCAGAGGUACACUUAAAACCAAAGUCAUUAAAGGAGAUGUCAGAAAAAUUCCCACCCUAAGAAAAGUAAAUGCCAAAAAACUGGCCCCUGUGAUUCCCUAUCGAGUUAUCCCCAAAACUCGAGGUACUAAUCGAAUUAGAAAAACUAUUCUGAGACCUGAUCUGAGUCCUGUUGUCACCCAAAGGACUGAAGAUGCCCAGCGUCCUGUUCGAAAGACACUUUUGCGCCCUAAUCAGAAGACUAGUCGGCCACCUAGAGGAGAAGUCAGUUUUGACUUAGUUGACAAAUCUGACAUUUUUUCAACAUUUGGGAUAGAGAUAAUCAAAUGGGCUGGAUUUCAUAAGAUAAAGAAUGAUCUGGAGUUUUCACAGCUGUUUGCAGCUCUCUUUGAGCUGGAAACUGAAACCUGUGCAAAGAUGCUCGCCUCCUUCAAAUGUUCUCUGAAACCAGAACAUAGAGACUUCUGUUUCUUUACCAUAAAGUGUUUGAAGCAUUCUGCUUUAAAAACCCCCAAAGUUGACAAUGAGUUCUUAAAUAUGCUCUUAGACAAAGGUGCUGUGAAAACCAAGAAUUGUUUCUUUGAAAUCAUAAAACCAUUUGACAAAUACAUGAUGAGGCUCCAAGACCGUCUUUUAAAAAGUGUUACUCCCCUGCUCAUGGCUUGCAAUGCCUAUGAGCUAAGUGUUAAGAUGAAGGGUUUUAGUAACCCUGCAGAAGUGGCAGGUGCCUUGGAGACAACCAACUCCCUCUGUCGUAAAUCUCUGGCACUUUUGGGCCAGACAUUUUCCUUAGCCUCCACAUUCCGACAAGAAAAAAUAUUAGAAGCUGUUGGCCUCCAAGAAGUAGCUCCAGUUCCAGCAGCUUUUCCUAAUUUUGACGACUCAACUUUGUUUGGAAGAGAGUAUAUAGAGAACCUAAAAGCCUGGCUAGAGAAAAGUGGACAUCCCAUCCAAAUGAAGAAGACUGAGACAAGGUCUACAGAAGAGGUGACAAGUGUUUCUUCUCCAAAUUCAAAUAUGAUUCCUGAGAUGCCAAUCCCUGCUCCCAAUCCUAUUUCAGAUGUUAUUCCUCAGCGAGCAGACAGAAAGGUUGUUGAGACAAUUGAAAAAUUUGUGAAGAGUAUAAUUGAAGGCAACUUGUCCCCAAAAGAAAGAGCAUCACUAAAGAAGAACCCUACUUAUUGGUUUUUAUCUGACGAAGAUAGUCUGGAGUACAAAUAUUAUAAGUUGAAGUUGGCAGAAAUGCAGAGGAUAAAGGAGAUUAAAAAAGAUGAGGAACACUUGCCAACUUCAGAGGAAUGUGCCGUGAGAGCAAUGUUGUAUGCAAGGAAGGUGCAGAGCCUGAAAAAAAGAUUGAUUCCCCGGAAAAGGCUCAGGCUUCUCUCAUCUUGGGGGAUCAGUAGCUGGAAAUCAAGAAAAGCAACCGUGGGAACACAGACCCUUCUUUCAGCAGGAACGAUGCUGAAGCACCAGGUUAGACAUGCCCAUGGAGGGUUCCAAGUAAAGCCUUCUUUGCCUGACAUAAACCGUCCUGAGAAGAACUUGCCAUCAGAGGAAUCUGAAUCUCUUACUUGUGACCUCAGCCCAAGACCUUUGACCUGCCGUCCAGGAACAGUUGAGCCUGAAACCUCUGAUGCCUUGCCUGAGUCACACCAGACUCCCCCACCUUCUCAAUUUGCCAGUGUUGAUGCUAAGACAAUGGAUACUGCUGAAAAACUAGCUAAAUUUGUUGCUCAGGUGGGACCAGAAAUUGAACAAUUUAGUAUAGAAAACAGCGCAGACAACCCAGACCUGUGGUUUCUACAUGACCAAAAUAGUCCUGCCUUCAAGUUUUAUAGAAUGAAAGUGUAUGAACUGUGCCCUUCCAUUAAUUUCGCAAAAGCUCCUCUAAACCUUAAAGCAGAAGAGAGUCUGAAAUCAAGGAAGGCUUCAGAUCAUGGGGAAGAAGAAGAGCUUGAGGGAGAUCAUUCUCAACAAGGGACUGAACUCGAGUUAGAAUUAGGGCCUGAAGAAGAAGAGGAAGAGGGUACAGAAGAUGACACCUCAGUUCAAGAAACAUCCUCCAGAAUUAGAGAAGAAACUGGGAGAGUUUCUCAGUCAGAGGGGAUCACCUCUGAGGAGGCACAGAACACAGGAGCGGAGGGCGAUGGUGUCAGUUUAGCAGCUUUGUCACAGGCCUCUGCUUCAAGUGCCUGUUUCCCCCGAAAGAGAAUCAGCAGCAAAUCACUAAAAGUUGGCCUGAUCCCGGCUCCCAAGAGAGUGUGUCUUAUAGAGGAACCUAAAGUUCAUGAACCUGUGCGAAUUGCUUAUGACAGGCCCCGGGGACGCCCUGUGUCCAAGAAGAAGAAACACAAAGACUUGGAAUUUGCUCAGCAGAAACUGACUGACAGGAAUGUGGGUUUUCAAAUGCUUCAGAAGAUGGGCUGGAAGGAGGGAUAUGGCCUGGGCUCACGUGGGAAAGGAAUUAAGGAGCCUGUAAAAGUGGGAACUACCUCUGAAGGGGAGGGCUUGGGUGUUGAAGGGGAAGAAAAUAACGAAGAUACAUUUGAUGUUUUCCGUCAAAGAAUGAUACAAAUGUACAGGCAGAAACGAGCAAGUAAAUAGGUAUGUGCCUGGGCACGUUCAUUUCAUGAAUUCCUGCCCACACUGAAAUUCUAGUUUUGGAAAAAAAAAAUUCUGAAAUAUUACAUUUCAAAAAACAAACGAGUUCAAUUAAAAAAAAAAAAAAAAGACCUCAGAAUGCAGAUCUGUUCAACUUCUUACCCUCUAGGUUUGCGGAAGAAAUGUGUUAACAGGCUGAAAACGCUGAUGUUUGACAAAGCUGCUGCCCCACAGGCCUUUUGAUGAUUUUUAGUUCACUUCAGCAAUGUGCAAAGAGAUUUUCUUUGUCAUGGUGAACUCAAAAGUUGAUGUUACUCAUCUAGUUUGCCAAGCUUCAGUAUUAGCCUUGUACUUGAUGCACAGGCUAACAGUCUGGGUGCUAGCUUACCUGGAAGAGACUCUUUUUGACUUUCAGAAUUUGUCCCAUCUUUUUGCUGAGGCUUUAUCUCACAGAUGAAGAAGGCCUGCAUCAGAGCACAUACCGGAAACAAGACAAUUCAGUGGUCAGAAGAAGACAGUUCCGAACAAUUGAAAUGAAAACGUUUAAUUUCCCAUUUUCCUCAUCUAAUUACUAC